CAUACAUGGUCAUACAUAAACUCUAUCAGCACCUCUUAGAUUAAGAACGGGCUCAUAACUUCAGCAGUUAGGUUUCUCAGUCUUUCUAGAUUGUUCCUCAGGUGCGUUUAAGAUGCUGUGUUGCAUUUCAAGGCAGUUUGAGGAUGUUUGUGCACAAACUUUUAGCACUUUUAUGCGCUGAAGACAUUAGUUUGACAUUCACUCGCUUCAUUAUCUCGUCUCUGUAGCCUCGAGGCUCACAUCAGUCAUUAUAUGUUCAUAAAGCGUCUCUUUAAUUGAUCGCCUCCAGCGCCGGGAUGAAAUCUGUCAGGUUCUCCAGAGAACCGAACCAAACCAUCUGUCUCCAUCAGAAAACUGCAGUCCUGGAAAACGACGCUGCUCUUAAGAAGACCUACAUAACCGAGAUGCCAUCUUCCUCGUGUCACUCCAGCUCUGGCCCUGAGAAGAAGAUCGGUCACAGGCGGGUCGAUGCAUCCGGCGAAACCACCUACAAGAAGACGACCUCGUCCGCCCUGAAAGGAGCCAUUCAGCUGGGGAUCGGCUACACCGUGGGUAACCUGAGCUCCAAACCCGAGCGGGACGUCCUCAUGCAAGACUUCUACGUGGUGGAGAGCAUCUUCUUCCCCAGUGAAGGCAGUAAUCUGACGCCGGCGCAUCACUAUCCAGACUUCAGGUUUAAAACGUACGCUCCGGUGGCGUUCCGCUACUUCAGAGAGCUCUUCGGGAUUCGACCGGACGACUAUCUGUAUUCUCUCUGUAAUGAGCCCUUGAUCGAGCUCUCAAACCCCGGUGCCAGCGGCUCCAUUUUCUACCUCACUCGAGAUGAUGAAUUCAUCCUGAAGACCGUCAUGCACAAAGAGGCUGAGUUCCUGCAGAAGCUGCUUCCAGGAUACUACAUGAACCUGAACCAGAAUCCCCGCACGCUGCUGCCCAAGUUCUUCGGCUUGUACUGCGUUCAGUCCGGCGGGAAGAACAUCCGUAUCGUGGUGAUGAAUAACGUCCUGCCGCGCAUCGUUCGCAUGCAUCUCAAGUUCGACCUGAAGGGCUCCACGUGCAAGCGCCGCGCAUCCAAGAAAGAGCGCGAGAAGUCCAAGCCCACCUUUAAAGACCUGGACUUCAUGCAGGACGUUCAGGACGGCCUCCUGCUGGACGUGGACACGUAUAACGCGCUGGUGAAGACGCUCCAGAGAGACUGUCUGGUGUUGGAGAGUUUUAAGAUCAUGGACUACAGUCUGCUGCUGGGGGUUCAUAAUCUGGAUCAGGCGGAGCGCGAGCAGCAGAUGGAGGGAUCUCAGAGCAGCAGCGAUGAGAAGAGACCGGCCGCGCAGCGAGCGCUUUACUCCACCGCCAUGGAGUCCAUUCAGGGAGGAGCGGCGUGCGGAGGCUCCAUAGACACCGAAGACACGAUGGGAGGCAUUCCUGCUGUCAACGGCAAAGGAGAGAGACUCCUGCUCUUCAUCGGCAUCAUAGACAUCCUGCAGUCCUACAGACUCAUAAAGAAGCUGGAACACACAUGGAAGGCUCUGGUGCAUGACGGGGACACUGUUUCUGUCCACCGGCCGAACUUCUACGCUGACCGCUUCUUCCGGUUCAUGAGCAGCACUGUGUUCAGGAAAAGCAGCUCGCUGAAGGCUUCUCCGGCUAAGAAGGGCCGUGUGGCGCUGACCGUGUCCAAAUUCAGCGGCCCCGGAGCGGCCUGCUCGGCCAGUCAGUUUACCUCAGAGAGAGACCAGAACAUCUAUGAUCUGAGAGGAGCGCGCAGCUUCCCCGUGCUGGAAAACCAUGGUCUGCAGUCUUGCACUCCUCCGUCAUUCGAGGAAGCGACCACGACGUCUGUGGCCACAACUCUGUCCUCAAACACCUCCAUAUCUAUCCCAGAGCACUCUCCGUCAGACACCACAGAGCAGCCGCGCUACAGAAGACACACAUUGCCUCUGAAAGACGCUGAGGGAAGGACGCAUGAAGUGGUGCACGUGCAUGAGGAAGAGCAGCAGACCAUCACUGUGCAGGUGGAGGUGAAGAGAGAGAGAGAAGAGGAGGAGGAGGAGCCAGACGUCUCUCUGACGCAUGCGGUGAUGGAUGUUCCUCCUCCAGACACUGUUGACCUUGUCCCAGAAACAGCCGCUUCAGCACCCGUUACCCAGGAAACCGUCUCCCAGGCAACACUUCCUGGUGACACCCAGACAACAGUUCCUGUGGAAACAGCUCCUUUGACAGAAACCGGGACCCUCGAAACAGCGCUGGCCCCUGAAGCAGCAGAGCCGUUCGGUUCUAGCCCGAAAAUGCAGUGUCCUGACGUGGACAGACUCUCAGAGUCCCAGAGCCGGGAGUCUCUGGAGGAAGAGGUCGCAUCAACCACUGACAUCUAUUUUUACGCUGAAGGCAGAUAUUGGGUUUAUUCUCCGGUGCUCCAGCGGAGGAAGCUCAGCUCCUGCAGUGGCGUAAGUGAACGGAUCUGAACACCUGAGAGCAGGACGUCCCAACCUCCUCAUACACAUCAAAUAUAGUCAUAAUAUCACAUUAUAAAGACUCCAUUUGAAUUUAACUUGACAUUGGCAUUUCUAUUACAAUCUCACAAACCCUCGGUUGGGAAAUCCUGCUGUAGACUGUAGUUUUUAGGGUUUUAUUAGAGUCAUGUUUCGUUGGUCUUAAAAUCCAGUAGCUCACCUUCAUGUGUAGUUUUUCACCCUGAUGGACAAAUUCAUGAUUCCUGGUAAUGCUUUCCACAUUGGGUUAGGAGUAUGGAAAACUAGCUUCUUCUUACUCAACAUUACAUAUUAAAAGAGUACGUGCAGCAGUGUGCAGUAUGCAGUACGUUUCAUAUAGUAUUAGGCUAUGCUUUGGUCACAUGACCAAAACACAUUACCAUGAAAGUGCUGCAUCUUUAAUCUUUUCAUUUUAAAUUUUGUGUAAAAUUAUCUUAAACUUUUUGCAGCCCAAUCAAUGAAUGAGUCAAAAAGGAGAUGAUAUUAAAUAUCAAAAUUAUUAUUACUUUAGGUUCAUCCAUCAAACUGGAAAAAGUAUAA